AUGGAGCGAUUGGCAGCGUUGACCUUUGGGCAGACGCUCUUGGCAGUUUUCUCCUUAGGUGACAAGUUUAGGGAAGUCCAGAGGUUGCACGAGCAACACGGUCCUGUCAUCCGCAUAGGACCAAAUCACCUUUCCAUAGCAUCGCCCGAAACGUUUUCUCAGAUCUACGUCAAGAGAUGCAGAGCAUUCUUGAAGAGUGACUUCUAUGCAACCAUUCAGCCUGGCAUCGGUCCGAAAUACUCAGGGCUGUUCAACUACACGGACCAUCAAAGAGCGGUUGCAGAAAGGAAAGACCUCCAAGCGCGGCUGUCGCCAGCUGCCCUGCGGCAGUACGAGGCGCGAUUCUUACCCAUUCUGGAUACAUUAGUGGCAGUACUGAGAGAAAAGAGGGAUGUGGAUCUUUUUGCCUAUUUCAAGUUCCUUAUGCUUGAUGCUAUAGGCGAUCUUGCUUUCGAUCAGUCAUUCCAUCAACUCGAAUCUGGGGAAGAGCAUCAGUACGUGGUUGAUUUUAAUAACGCCUUUAUGCUUAUUGGGCUUCAAACAACUUUCGCAUGGAUUAUUCCUUUCAUUCCAUUUCUCCCAUCCCAGUCACUAAAGGAUGCAUAUUAUGGGCUGCAAAGGGUGUUCAAGUAUGCACAGACCCGGGUCGAUGCCUUCCUCAACGAGGAAAAGCCAAAGCCAGGCACACUCAUGGAAGCGUUUUUGAAGGAUGGAAAGCCGAAAGAUCCUUACACGCGCUGGCAUAUCGCUCUUGCUGGACAUGGAUUCAUCAUCGCUGGAUCUGAAGCUUCGUCAAUCACACUGACCUACGUCCUUUGGUUGCUUGUUAAGCAUCCACAUGUUCAAAGAAAACUUCGAGAGGAGCUCAAAGGCCUCCCACAAGACUACAAAUCCACCGACUUGGCGUCUUUGCCUUUUCUUGAUGCUGUACUAAAAGAGACACUGCGAAUAUAUCCGCCAGCGCCAUCUGCCAUGCCCCGAGUUGUGCCGCCAUCCGGCGCCGAGAUCGAAGGCGUUUUUUAUCCUGGAAAGACCAUCAUAGCAGCUCAACCAUAUACAAUCCAUCGUGAUCCCAACCUGUUUCCUGAACCGGAAAUUUUCCGACCUGAGCGGUGGAUCGAGCCCCCACCCGACAGACGUGAAUUGAUGAACCAAGCGUUCGUGCCAUUCUCUGCGGGACAGAGAGGAUGCAUCGGGCGGGGCCUUGCUUGGAUUCAUAUGCAGAUGACCAUUGCAAAACUUCUGGAAAAUUUCGACAGCUUCAAGCUUACAAAGGGAAUGACUGAUGAAGACAUGGAAUUAGUCGAACGGGGAGCACUGGCCAAGCCAAAAGCCACAAAGCUUUCGGUCAGAGUCUUUCCUAAAGAGGUACCGGGCUUCGCAGUUGCCUAA